UUCGAUCUUGCGCAGGCGCGUUAGGUCCUGGUUGCUAUGCGGGUGCUCGUGGGUGGAGGGACGGGCUUCAUUGGGACAGCCCUAAUCCAUCUGCUGAAAGCCAGAGGCCAUGAAGUGACUCUGGUCUCCCGAAAGCCCGGGCCAGGUCGGAUCACAUGGGAUGAGCUUGCUACGUCGGGGCUGCCUAGCUGCGAUGCGGCAGUCAACCUGGCUGGAGAGAACAUUCUCAACCCUCUUCGAAGGUGGAAUGAAGCCUUCCAAAAAGAGCUUAGCCCAGCAGCAAAAAAUAAGUUACUCCAGGGCAGGAACAAGUCAGCUAAUGGUAUCACUCAAGGGAAAAAUAUCUGCAUCUCCAUCCCAUGGGAAGACCCCAAAGGCCAAGGGGGGUUAGGCCAACGGGCUUACUACCAGCCCAGCCUGACCGCUGAGUAUGAUGAGGACAGCCCAGGAGGGGAUUUUGACUUUUUCUCCAAUCUCGUAACCAAAUGGGAAGCUGCAGCCAGGCUUCCUGGAGAUUCUACACGCCAGGUGGUGGUACGCUCUGGGGUUGUGCUGGGCCGUGGGGGCGGUGCCAUUGGUCACAUGCUGCUACCCUUCCGCCUGGGCCUGGGGGGCCCCAUCGGCUCCGGCCAACAGUUCUUCCCCUGGAUUCACAUUGGGGACCUGGUAGGAAUCCUGGCCCAUGCUAUUGAAGCCAGCCAUGUGCAGGGUGUCCUGAACGGCGUGGCUCCAGCCUAUAGCACUACAAAUGCUGAGUUUGCUCAGGCCUUGGGCACAGCCCUAGGCCGCCCAGCCUUCAUCCCUCUCCCUAGCACCAUCGUGCAAGCUGUCUUUGGGCGAGAGCGUGCCAUCAUGCUGCUGGAGGGCCAGAAGGUGAUCCCACGGCGGACACUGGCCACUGGCUACCAGUAUUCCUUCCCAGAGCUGGGGCCUGCACUGAAGGAAGUCAUAGCCUAAGCAAGAAAGUUCAUGGCAGAGCCCACAGCCUGGCCCUCAACAGAGGCUUCCCAGGUAGGGACUGAGGAGGAUGAAGUAUUCUGCUUGCCAUGUGAGCCCAUCUGGUUCUUGGGGAUUCCUCUCCUCCCUGUCCUUUCUCAUUAUUCUGUUGCUGCACUUUGCCUGUCCACUGUUUCAAGAGUGCAGUCUCAUCAGGUUGGGACCGUAACAUCUUCAACUCCUUGUGAGAGUCUCCAAAUUCAGUACCCCUACAUAACCCAUUCCUGCCCCAUUUCUCUUUUGCUGUGUAGUGAAUGCUCUACAGUUCAGGCAAUAAAGAUAAGUUAUCUCA